AUGAACCGCGUUGGCCGUGUCGCUUCUCAUGUCAACGCGAGCCUGUCGAGCCCGGACUCACAGCUGGCUGCGACACCAACCGCGGGCUUCUGCACUGCAGAGAAAGCGGAUGACGACGUGGUGAUCUGCUGUGCCGUCCGGACACCGCUGACCAAGGCAAAGCGGGGUUCCUUCGCCCACACCUCCCCGGAGGAGCUUUUGUCAUUCGUUUUCAGGGCGGUUGUCGAAAAGACGAAGGUGAACCCGAAAGACAUUGGUGACAUCCAGAUCGGUAACGUGCUUCAGCCGGGAGCCAGUGGACUGACCUCCCGAAUGGGCCAGUUCAUGGCCGAGCUGCCCUACGACAUCCCUCUGAGCACUGUCAAUCGCCAGUGCAGCAGCAGCCUCCAAGCCACCGCCUACAUCGCAGCAGCCAUCAAGAGCGGCAUCAUCGACGUCGGCCUUGCUGGUG